AUGUCCGCCAAUUCGUAUUACGGCGGUGGCGGCGACCAAGGAGGCUACGGCCAGCAGGGUGGAUAUGGCCAGCAGCAGGGAGGCUACAAUCAACAGCCUCAGUACGCCCAGCAGCCGCAAUACGGCCAGCAGCAAUACGGCCAGCAGCAAUACGGUCAGCAGCAGCCGCAAUACGGCCAGCAUCAACAGCAGCAGCCGUAUGGCCAAGAGCAACCUCAGUACGGCCAGCAGCGAGAAGGAGGCGGAGGCCAGGCAAGCUCGUACGCCGCCUCUUUCGGCAAUGACCAGAACAACAACACAGCCCAGGCCUACCCGGGGAGCAACACCGGCCCCAACGGUCCCGGGGGUCCUGGCGGUCCCGGCGGCGCUCAGGACGGCGAGCGUGGCCUCGGCGCGACUCUUGUCGGAGGCGGUGCCGCCGGCUGGGCUGCCCACAAGGCCGGGGGUGGCUUCCUAGCCAGUCUGGCUGGUGCUGCAGCCGGUGCCAUUGGUGCCAACAUACUCGAGCACGGCGUCAAGAAGUACAAGAAGAACAAGAAGAACCACAAGGAUGGUCGCCCCAGAGCCAUGUCCGGCGCUUCCACCAGCAGCGAAGACUCUGAGGACGAGUUCGGCAACCGUCGACCCGGUGCUGGCCCCGGAAAGCGUGAUCUUGGUGGUCCCGGUGGGCAUGACUACGGCCCGCCCAGCGGCCCGCCUCCUCCUCAGUAUGGCGGCCACCACGGAGGCCACGGAGGCCCCGGCGGCCCUGGAGGCUACGGUGGUCAGGGAGGCUACGGCGGUCCGGGAGGUUAUAACCAGGGCGGCUAUGGCCAGGAGCCACCUCGCUGGUAG